UCUGUGUGCAACACCCCUAUCCGCAGGAUUAAGCUAUAAGUAUAAGUUGAGUCUGUUUGCCGUCUCAAAACAUCGAAUCGAAAUGAGCACUAGCGUGUCACAGCACAUGGCUAUGCACAGUCCCUUGGGAAAGCCAUCUGGUGUUGGGGUCCUUUGUCAUAAGUGUGGAAAGCCCUGUAAAGGAGAGGCCCUGCGGGUGCAGAACAAGUUCUUCCACAUCAAUUGUUUCACUUGUAAAGUAUGUGGAUGUGACUUGGCCGAGGGUGGAUUUUUUGUGAGACAAGGGGAAUACAUCUGCGCUUCUGACUAUCAGAGGCUGUAUGGAACACGGUGCUUCAGCUGUAAUGAAUUCAUAGAAGGUGAAGUGGUUUCAGCUCUGGGAAAAACCUAUCAUCCAAAGUGCUUUGUUUGUGCUGUUUGCAGUCAGCCCUUUCCUCCUGGAGACCGUGUGACUUUUAAUGGGAAGGAAUGUGUUUGCCAGAAGUGCUCUCAGACUCUGAACACCAAUCCUAAACAUGCAUCACCUCGAAAGUGUGGAGGCUGUGGCCAGGAAAUAAAAAAUGGACAAUCCUUGGUAGCCCUGGACAAGCAGUGGCACCUGGGCUGUUUUAAGUGUCACACUUGUGGGAAAGCCCUGUCUGCGGAGUAUAUCUGCAAGGAUGGGGCUCCUUACUGUGAGGCUGAUUACCACUCUCAGUUUGGUAUCAAAUGUGAACGUUGCACAAAAUUCAUUACUGGCAGAGUAUUGGAGGCAGGAGAAAAACAUUACCAUCCAGACUGUGCACGUUGUGUCAGGUGCGAGGAGAUGUUUGCAGAAGGGGAAGAAAUGUAUCUGCAAGGUAUUUUAAUCUGGCACCCAGUCUGUAAACAGGCUGCCAGGGCUGAAGAAAAACAAAAGAUCACCCAUACUUCUUCUGAGAGCAUCACAUCUGCUCCAGCCUCAAGUACUUCAGGGUCCCCAAGCCGUAUUAUAUAUGCCAAGCUAGAUGAUGAGAUUCUUGACUACAAGGAUUUGGCCGCUCUUCCCAAAGUUAAGGCCAUUUACAAUAUUGAUCGUCCUGACAUGAUCUCCUAUACACCGUAUAUCAAUUACUCCACUAUUGAUAGGCAUAGCCUUGGGGAGUCACAUCGACUGCUGUACCCAACAUCAACUGAGGGUGAACAGGAAGGACCCAGACAACGCAGAGCUUCCAGUCCUGGAUCCUUUGGGUCUCUUGGUUAUGGACGUUACACCCCAACAUGGUCUCGCUCGCCCCAACAUUUUCAUAGACCAGAAACUGAUGGGAAAGCAGACAACAUCUAUAGAAAGCCCCCUGUCUACAGGCAGCACGGUGAUUGGCGAAGCAGGGGAUUUUGGAGUGAAGGCAAUGAUGAAGAAGAAGCACAUAUUUAUUUUGAUCAAGAUGGCAAAAAGGUGAAGACAAGUUGGUUGAUACUGAAAGGGGAGAUGGAUGCCCCAGCUGACUCCCAUGAUCUGGACCCUAAAUCAUCAUCUCGGAGCCCUGCUGCUGAUAGAGAACUGCUGCAAAGGUCAAGCACUGAUUCACUCUUUCAAACAAGAAUUCCUCACUCCAAAUCGGCUUCUCUUCCUGGUUAUGGAAAAAAUAGAUCACACAAGACAUCAGAUUUUGAAUCAAAUCAUGAUACCAGCUGGGGAAUGCGAGAAUACAAGGUUUAUCCUUAUGAAAUGUUAGCUGUUACAAUGAAAGCUCGUGUCAAGCUACCAAAGGAUGUGGACAGGACCAGACUAGAGCGGCACUUGUCUCCAGAGGAAUUCUAUCGGGUGUUCGGUUUGACUAUAGAAGAAUUUAAUCGGCUCGCACUCUGGAAGAGAAAUGACAUGAAGAAAAAAGCACGGCUCUUUUAACCUGUAAAAUAUAUUAAUUUCAUUAGGGA